AUGGAGUCCACAGUCGAUGUCACGACUACGGCAUUCCAAGCUAUCCUGGCUGUAUGUGUGACCUUUACAGCAGGUUAUGCAUACACCGGAAAGCAUGCCCCGUAUCUUAGCAAAACGCUAGUACCAUUCGCGCGCACUGUCUUACUCCCGUCUCUCAUCUUCACCACACUUGCCGGGACACAUGUCUUGUCGGUCAAAGGACUAUUACACUUCCUGUUAACGGAAUUCAGUAACGCCUCGUAUCCCCUUUUACUCCUUUACACUCUCUACUUUGUCGGAUCGGGACGAACAUUAGAUCACCUGCGAUGGAGAUCCAUGGACACCAUCUCUACAGUAAUCGAAAGGGCGAGCGUCUAUAUCCUCAUAAAUCUUGUAGUAACAGAGGCUGCACGUGAAGAAUCACCCGAAGACGAUGAAGAUGCCGAUGAGCAUACACCUCUGGUUGGAUCGAGAAGAAACAGCAAAUCCAUCAUCACCGCCUUCGCCGUUGCUCGUUCUCCCAUCUUCGUGUCUGCCGUAUUGGGCCUCCUGAUCGGUCUCAUCAAGCCCGUACAGAAAUUCAUCGUCGGAACUCAAGAUGGUGGUGAUACAUGGCUUUGGGGUAGUCUCGGUCUCGGGCUUCGGUUCAUCGGAGGUGCUUUCGCGUUGAUCGAGAUUAUCGGAAUCGGUGCUGGUAUUCGUGCAGGAGAGAAACACAUUGAUCCCGAAUACAAAACUCCUCCAGCUCUCGGAACUGUUCUAACCAUUGUAUUAUGGCGGUUCAUUGCUAUUCCAGCAAUAGUACUCUCGGUGAUUUAUGGUUUCCGAAAGAUUCCUUCUACCAAAGUUUUCCUUCAAGAUCCUGCAUUUUCCUUCGUUCUCGCUCUCACCUCCAUUACUCCACCUGUUCUUCCUUCCACUCUUGACCCAUACCAAUCGUCGGUGCUAUUCUCCACCUUCUAUACCAGUCUCAUCACCGCUGUUCCCGUUGCUGUUGCAGUGGCGAUCUCCGGGCGUGGAGUCUCCGCUCACAUCGACUUUGAUCUUGUUCGAGCUCUCAAAUCAGCAGGCGGAGGUGGUCUUGCGGGUGCUGCUGCAAUGGUAGUCCAAGUAUUAACCCUUAUGCCCAUGAGAACCAUCAUGAACUAUCAAUACCGAUACGGGGGUGGUAUCAAGCAUGCCACGAAGACACUGUACAACGAUGGAGGGUUCAAGAGGUACUACGCCGGUCUUGCCGCUGCCUUAUUCCAAGGACCUCUUUCUCGGUUCGGAGACACCGCGGCCAAUGCUGGUAUUUUAGCAUUACUGGAAGCGUUUACCUGGCCUGUCCUUGUCAAGACGAUCGCUGCAAGUCUCGCUUCUGCCUGUUUCCGAAUGACUCUCACACCCAUUGAUACCCUCAAAACCACGCAACAAACUCAAGGUGGUGGAGCUGGUAUUAAGCUCAUCAAGGAGAGAAUCAAGGAGAGGGGUAUUGCCAGUCUAUGGUAUGGAGCUCUUGCAACCGCUGCUGCGACCUUUGUAGGACAUUAUCCAUGGUUUGGUACAUAUAACUGGCUUUCGGCCGUUUUACCACCGCCCCAUAACAUCAUGCAAAAGCUUGCGCGUCAAGCGUUCAUCGGCUUUGCAGCUUCAGUAGUCUCUGACACAGCAAGUAACAGUCUUCGAGUCGUCAAGACAUAUAGACAAGUUCACGAGGGUGAUGUCGGAUACUUGACCGCCGCCAAGGAGAUUGUCGCUUCAGAAGGACUCCUAGGCUUGUUUGGACGUGGUCUUCCCACCAGACUACUUACAAACGGUCUCCAAGGUUUACUUUUCAGCAUCUUGUGGAAGUUGUUUGCAGACCUCAUCGCCGGGUCCGGAAAAUAA